AUGUCCCUCUCAUCGUCUCCUCCUCCUCCGCUGGCCCAUACUGGAUCAACUCCGGCUGCAGAGGAAUCACCUAUCUGCGUUGGCCAGCGUGUCCGCUUUGACGUAGAAUGUGUUCUUAUCCCAGAUCCAAAUCCUGUGUCUAAAAUGCCCCGCCUCGUCACAAAAUCUUACUCGGUUCCCCUAUGGAGACGUCGAGCUUUGGAGUCUGCUGUCUCUGAUUCCGAGACAGACAUAAGGGACGAUGAUCUCGUCAUCCUCAAGGUCUCCGUGCCCAGCCUCGUCAUAAAACCUCGUUCCCUGACCAGAUCGGAAUCCCUACGGCAGCCUCUGACACCGUGCAUCGUGAACAGGGACGCUAUCUGUGCUUCGGUUCCCGCUUCAGCCUCUGCGGGUCCGCAAGCGCGUAGGUUCCACGCCCGCUCCGCUUCGUGUCCACGGCGCGAUCUCGUGACAGUACCGCUCCGACCAUGCUGCCCCAACUGCUUCCAUUCCACCGACGACUGUCUUCAACAAGGAGCGCAUUGGCAGGAGAAAUUCACCAAGGGCGCCCAGCGUAAGAGGAGCGCUAGUUUGGACGCACCAUCCGGCACCCGUCUUCGUCGGCGCCUGUUGGAUGUCAUGCCCGGAUUCGACGCUGUCAUUGCCGUGGAUGAAGUUGACAGAAAAUGCGGGUCGCGAGCAAGUUGGGUGAACAUUGACGACCGAGACGAUGACGGAGUUGCACCCUACCUCACUCCUGCGGAACGAGUUGUUGUCACGGAUGUUCGGAUGGUAGAACAUGAAUGUUCUGGUCCCGUCGUUGGCACAAGGCGCGCUUUCCCCUCUUCAUCCCCUGUGUUGGUUUCACUUCCAGUUGUUGGAGACGAUGCACUCCCCUUGUCCGUCGCCCGGACUGACUUUUCGCGACUCCAAUACGCCGAAGUGGACCGCAGGCAUGCGCUGUACCUUGACCCUCUUAUAUUUGAUGAGCUUGACUUAUCCCUCAUUAAUUCGAUACCCUCUCUUGACGCUCACAUAUCUGCGGAUUCUACUGUUACCCAUAUACCCCAACCACAUUCGCCUCCGAGAUCUGCCUCAGCUCGCGCACCGUCCCCGAUGUCACCGCCGUACACGCAUGAGAAGUUUGUGCGGCCUGCGCCGUCAAUAGGAACUCUACCCUCCGCAACCUCUGGGCGACGACGACCGUAUAUGCAGCUCCUGGGACCUGGAUCGUUUCUCAAGGUAUCUGCUGAAAUUCUCAAGGGUGUCAGCAUGAGCGGAGGGGCGCCAUUGUCGGUCUAA